GGGGGAGGCACUGAGCGUGUGCAGAUCAGUUGACCAGAAGACGGAGGCGAAGUGAGACGGAGCAGAGCGGGAAUCAAACCGACGACCGGGACAAGGACUCAGUUUAUCCUCAUAAACAAACAAGCAAACCAACAACAAAAAAAAAACAAACGGAGUGGAGACUUCAGUGUGAAGACAAAAAGGUGUGUGUCUCCAUGGCGACAGGUGUGUACGUGGUGCUGAGUGUGUAUGUCGGUGUGUGUGCAGCAUUUAACCUCGACACGGAGUUUCCGCUGCUGAAGACAGGAACAGACGGAAGUCUGUUUGGACUCUCUGUGGCUCUGCACCAAGACAUGAGGACAGACACUUACCUGCUGCUGGUUGGAGCUCCCAGGGAGAAGGCGGAACCAAAUGUUCCAGCCAAUCGUACAGGAGGCGUGUACAGCUGCCCGAUCACAGCCAACCAGUUAGACUGCAACAGGAUGAAGCUCAUAGAUCCAGACAGUACGUCUGAGGACCUGAUUGAAGACAUGUGGCUGGGAGUCUCAGUAGCCAGUCAGGGCCGACCUGGGGGGCGUGUCCUGGCAUGUGGUCAUCGGUUUGUUAAACUUUAUGGAGCAUUUAAGCUCAGGCACAUGAUUGGCCGAUGUUUUCUCCGAGGAAACGACCUACAGUCCGAUAACACCGAUUUCCACUGGAAAAACCUGGGCCAGGCCUGCAGUCACCUGAGUGAUGUCACCGGUGAGGUCAUGUGUAACAUGGGGAUUUCAGCCUCCAUCACCCAGACGGAGGUCGUUGUCGGCUCACCUGGAAGCUACGAAUGGCAAGGAAACGUCCACGUCUCCUGGAUGAACCCUGACAAUGAGUAUGACACCAAAAGAAGCUCCUUCUCCAACCUGGAUCGCAGAAACAUUUAUAUAGGAUAUUCAGUCACUCAGGCUCAUCGUCUUCUCUCUCAGGAUAAUGAAACCAUCGUAACAGGAGCUCCAAAGGACAGUAAAGAGGACGCUCGUGGCUCGGUGCUGCUGGCGGUCCAACGUUCUGGUGAACUGGUGAUCCAACAGACGCUCCGCGGCCAGCAGACGGGCUCAUACUUCGGUAACGCCGUGGCGACCACCGACCUCAACAACGACGGGUGGAACGACCUGCUGGUUGGCGCUCCUUUCUUUUUUCAGCGACAUCAGGAGGCGGGCGGGGCCGUUUACGUCUACAUGAAUGUAGGAGGGAUGUUUGAUUCUAGACCCAGCGUGGUGCUGAGGGGUCCGGCUGGGUCAGCCUUUGGUAUGGCUGUUAUUGCAGCUGGAGACCUGAACCAGGACGGCUUCCAGGACUUUGCAGUCGGAGCUCCUUUCCAUGAAACAGGAAGUGUGAUGAUCUGGACCGGGAGCAGUAAGGGCAUCUCUGCAGAGCCGAGCCAGGUGAUCCACGGUAGCAGCGUGUCUCCAAGGUUCAGAACGUUCGGGUACUCCCUGUCUGCAGGUGGAGAUGUCGAUGGGAACAAAUAUCCAGACCUUCUGGUCGGAUCUUUGGAUGACACUGUCGCUCUGCUCAGAUCUCGUCCAGUUGUCCACCUAAAUAAAACUCUGAGAGUUUCUCCUGACAUUGUUGACCCAAACAGCUGCGACUACUGUGUUCAGAUGAACCAUGUGGCCGUCCACUUCACCAUCACUGCUGACGCAACCAGCCUAAAGCCCCGCCUCCGUUUCCGCGACAACGGACAGAGUGUAUUUUCCGGUUACCUGUCGAUGCCGAAGAGGCAAUGCGAGACGCUGCAAGUGGGACUGCAGAGUCAGAUCCGAAACAAAGUGGAACCUUUGGUGUUCUCCUUGAACGCAUCUCUGUACGAGAAGCUUCCGAAGAAAAAAAACGCUGUCCAAGACCUGAGACGCUUCCCUGUGCUGAGCCAGACUCCCCAACCCAUCAGAACCCAGAUCCACAUCCAGAAGGCUUGUGGUUCUGACAACCGUUGCCAUAGUAACCUGCAGAUGGCAGCCCAGUUUACCGAUGAGAACCAGAACCCCUUCGCCAAGCAGGAUGGUGUUCAGAUGUUGCACUUCGACGGCAACAUCAAGCGUUUGUUUCUGGAGGUGAAUGUCAGCAACACACCGUCUCCAGGACGACUAGCAGAGGACGCUCACAACACCGUGCUAAACAUCAGUGUCCCACCGUCGCUGAUCUACUCUGGAGUUGAGACAAAGGAUGGCAAUCCAGUGGUGGUGGAGCUUUAUGCUGAGGACUCGGUUCUCCUGUGUGACCUUGGGAACCCUUUCAGAAGCAACCACAAGGUGCAGGUGUUGAUCAAGUUUCAGCCAUCUGAGAUCAGUCUGGACACCCGAGAGAUCCGAUCUCUGCUGCAGCUGUCCACGCUCAGUGAGCAGGUGGAUCUGGCUCCGGUCUCGGUCUCCAUGUUGGUGGAGUAUUCACUGCAAACAUCCUUAACUCUAAUCAGUUCACCAGGUCCCGCCUCCUUCAGUGGUCAUGUGAUCGGUGAGUCGGCCAUGAAGAAGACGGAGGAUGUCGGCAGCCUGCUGCUCUUCACCUUCCAGGACUGUGUCCACGGUUUGAACUGUGUCAGGUUCACUUGUCCUCUGGUCAACAUGAACAACUCGGCGACUCUGACGGUUCGGGCCAGACUCUGGAACUCCACCAUGAUUGAGGACUUCAGCGACGCGAGGAGUGUGUUGGUUCAAUUCCGGGCAACCCUGAAGCUGCAGACCGAUAAACCGACCAUCAACAUGGAGCCUCACAGCUCAGAGAUCACCGUCCAUAUUUAUCCAGAGCCAGGUUUGCAAGGUGACUCCGGCGUUCCCCUGUGGAUCAUGGUGGUGUCGGUUCUGGCUGGGGUUCUGCUGCUGGCUCUGAUCUGCCUGCUGCUCUGGAAGUGCGGGUUCUUCAGGAGAGCCAGCACCAGGCAGCUGUACCAGGCCAAGACCCAGAAGGCCCACAUGAAGAGCCAGCCAUCAGAGAGCGACAGGCUGACCGAGGAGCUCUGAGGCUGGGCACGCUGCUACCAGAGAGUCCCUCUUGUGGUUUUUUUGUGCGUCAGAGGGCGUGGCCAGCGGCGGCGCUCCACCAGGGGAGGAUUAUGGGCAAAGACAACCAGCAGGAGCAGUACACAGAUGCUGAUGGGUUCCUGAUCCAGAACCAGGGGUCCUCGACCCGAAACCAGAGGUUGCCGAAACAUUGGGUUACCUCCUGGACCGAGACCCACUGAGAGACUCCCAAAUCAACGGAAACACAGCCUGAACCGGGCCAAACUGGACCAAACUAGAUAAAACCAGAUCAAACAGGACUAGACUAAACUGAGCUGGACCAGAAUGGAUCAAACCGGAUCAGACUAAUUUACUCAAAAUCAGAUCAAACUAGACCAGAUUAAGCCAACCAGACCAGACCAGAACAAACUGGACCAAACCAGACCAGCACACUGCCAAUCCAUGUGUAUGCUGUCAUGUAGAAACCUCCUAACUUGUUUACAUUGAGUUCAGUCAUUAGGUGUGGAGAUACGAGGUUUAGAGCUGACAGCAAGUGAUUUAUGUUAUUCGUAUGAAUAUGUCCCAGAAUCCUCCGAGGCCCUGAUCCCCAGCCUGAUUGGAUCGCAGCCUGAUUGUUGAUGAUCAAUUUAAAGGGCUGAGCGCUGCUUUAAGGACAAAACAUGGCCGUCGGUGUUUUCUGUCUUUGUGCUGCCUUCAAAGGCUCCUGCUAACUCUUCAGUCCCUGCUGAUAAGAAUUCAUGUUGCGUUCAGGUGCUCUAACAAAGAUACUUGUUGUCAUUGUCGACUCUUCUACGAGCUGUUUGUGUGAGACUACUGCUGCCUGUUUUUGUACAGUUGUGAUAUUUCUGACGGCACCUGAAAGCAGCAGUCUGUGUAGAAUGUGUUGAGGUUGUGUGGUUUGUGCUGAAUUCUGUUUCUGUAUGUUGCUGACAUUAAAGUAUGUUUUGGAUAA